AUGAAUAUUUUUCUUUUGAUAACGUUAAUUAUUAUUCAAAGGAGCCACGGCGUAAUUUAUGAAUUAAAUGACACUGAGUACGACAAGAUGCCUCCAUUGUUCCAUCUGGAACCAUAUGGGCCUUGCGUCCACGAGCCAGGGGGGGUGUACUGCACAGUCGAACUGAAAUUAGUGUCUGAUGUGCCCAGCGAGAUUAUGACUACGAUUGAGGAAUAUUCUCUACGCAGGGAGAUGAACUUGAAUCAUUCACGUCUCAAUCGAGGCGUGUGUGUAACAAGAACAUGUAAAGACUACCUUAGUCAAAAUACAUCAGCGGACCUAAACUUAGUUCUUGAGGGAUGCCUUAAUGAUACUCUUUGGAAACAAUACAAACUAAAAAGCAAGCUGUCCACUGAAGUUCUGUGUAAUGACCUAGACAAUAAAGUGGAUGUAGAUUAUGGCGACGUAGCCGUUGCAGUUAUUUGCUUGGCAAUACUAAUACUGAACAUUGUUGGAAGCUUAUACGAUUUUUGGUUUAUUUCAAACAAAGAGAGCAAGGGGAACAAUUUUCUGAUAUGUUUCUCGAUCAGACGUAAUUGGAAGAGGUUGGUGGCGUGCCCUGCCUAUAGCCAUGAUCAACGGCUUAGACGUUUUAAAGGAUUUAAUGGAUUACGAACGAUAUCGAUUAUUAUGAUCAUAAUCGAACACUCGUUACUGCCGUUUAUUAUCGCCCCAAAUGAUUCGCAUGAACUGGAAAGGAAAUACAAUUACAUUUUAUAUCAUCUGUUUAUCGACGGCGGGCUGAUGGUUCAAACAUUCUUCGUGAUGUCUGGAUGCUUGCUUUCUUACAAGUUGCAGCUAUAUGCGGAGAAGAGAGACAUAAAUUGGACUAUGAUACCAAAAUGGAUUCUUCAGAGAUGGCUCAGAUUGACGCCAUCUUAUGCUCUAGUACUUGCGAUCACUACAACGUGGCUGAGAUUUGCUGGGUUGGUACCUCUAUGGCAGAGGGCAGUGGGUGUUGAAGUGAAAGACUGUCGUCGGGAUGGCUGGCUGAAUUUGAUUUACCUAAAUAAUUACAUUGAUGAAUCACAAUGUAUGCCUCAAACCUGGUAUAUUGCAUCUAACAUGCAACUCUACGUCUCAUGUCUCAUCAUACUUACGCUAGUAACGAAUGUUACUGCCAGGAAGAUUGUUCUAGCCGUACUAUUCGUUGUCAGCCUUAUUAUUCCUGCUUGUCAUACGUACAUUCAGAACUCGGAUGCUGGACUUAUCAUCUCCACCGAGACAGUUCGUGAUUAUUUCGUUAAAGAUCGAAAAUUCAACUACUCAUACAAAAGUGAGCAUACAAACUUUUCCAACUACAUAUUGGGUCUCAGCUUGGGAAUGUUGAUUUAUUACUUGCAAAAAAAUGAGUUCAGUGUCGAAAAAUACAAGAAAUUCAAAUUGGUUUAUUGGGCAACUCUUCCAGCUAUGCUUAUAUUAUUGCCUUCUGGAUCAUUUUUCUAUUUCUUUCAAAACAGCUCUGCACUAUACAUUAAAGCCAUAUAUUCAGGUGUCGCAAAGCCCCUAUUUGGAUCAAUAAUAGUUUUAAUUAUUCUUGGAAUGACGUUCAAAUUGGAAAAUUUUUACAGAGGAAUAUUAGAAUGGAAUGGCUGGACAUCACCAGCUCGAGUUUCGUACUCUGCCUACAUCCUUCACGUUCUCUUCGUCCGAUCUUUAACUGGGACUAGGAGCACCCUGAUACAUGUAUCAAUAGCUCAUGUAAUUUUGUGCAACUUGGGUACAGUUAUUAUAACAUACCUAGCUGCUUACCCAUAUUGGUUGUUAGUUGAAGCUCCGGCAGUAGCAUUAUCGAAAGUUAUUUUCUCGCUGGGACCAAAGCAAAAAUCAAAGGCAGAAUCGGAGUUGAGGAAAAAUGAACGAAUUCCGGCUUAA